AUGUUUAAGGAGAAUCCUUGUCAACAUCCAAUGAUUAUUUUCAGUAACGUGCGCCACAGUGAUCUGAUGUCGAUCUUGGAUUUCGUGUACAGUGGCGAGACGAUCGUCGAGGAGGAUCAGCUAGCAUCGUUUCUCCACACGGCGGAAUUGUUGUCUAUCCAGACGUUAAGCAAUGGCUUUGACAAACCACAGACACAACAGCAGCACACGGGGACGUCUGUCUCCAACACCCAGCCCGCGGAGACCGCGGGGCUGGAAGACCUUGAUCCGAUCACGAUCAAGGAUUCGCCGCCUCGCCCUGUGUCCAACACAAACAUCAUCGAUCAACAGACGAACGUUCCCAUAUCCUUGGCACAAAAGCAGACGAUUCGCUUACGGCAACAGCAAACACUUCCAAAGCCUCAAAUUCAACCACGCUUCAAACCUCGCGAAAUGCAGAACUGCGAACAUGCGACUUCAGUCAUGGGAUCCGUAGUCCCGUACAAAUAUCGCACCAAGCUGUAG